GGGGCGAGGCGCGGCGCGGGAGGGCGGCAGCGGGACCGCGGAGCCGGUGGUGCCGUGUUUGCUGUGCGGGGGCCCAAGCGGACCGGACGGAUGGGCAGCAGCUGGCGAGGCUGCCCGCGCGCUCCUGCCCGCCGGGGGUCCCCCUGCCAUGGCCAUCGUGCAGACACUGCCAGUGCCCCUUGAGGCUGCCGCUGAGGGGGCCGCGCAGCUCCGUGCUGCCGCCCGCUCACCUGCUGCCGCCAUGGGCAGCGUCGGCAGUCUGCUGCCCAGCCGGCCCCGCCACGACCGAGCCAGUCAACCCUGUGAUGGGGGGCCCCCCGCUGCCUCCUUCCGCAAGCAGGAGGGCCUGCUCCAGGCCACCCACCGGGACCCCCCAUCCCCUGAGGAGCCCCAUGCAGCUGUGUCCAGUGUCACCCAUGCCUAUGCUAAUGGCGGCUUCUGCAGCGACUGGCUUGAUGCCCCCUCUCCCACCAGCCCCUGCAGCGACUCGGAUGAGCCCCAUGAUGACCGAGCCCCAAACGGCCACCUCCGGGGGCCACCCCCCAAGCUCAUCCCUGUCUCUGGCAAGCUGGAGGAGAAUGUGGAGAAGACACUGAUCCGCCCCAUGGCCUUCAAGCCAGUGGUGCCCAAGCUCCGGAGCACCCAGCCAGGCACUCGCCCGGGGCUCUCGGAGAGCCAGGUGAGCCUCACCCACUUGCUGGGUGCUGAGAAGCCCGGCUCCCUGAGCUGCCGUGCCAGCACCCUCUCGGACUCGGGGCGCAACUCCCUCUCCAGCCUGCCCACCUACAGCACGGGCUGCAGCCAGCCCCCCGAGGUGGGUGCCCUGCCAGCCACCCCCCAUGGUCCCCCCGACCCCCUGGGGGGCUGCCGCCCCUCCAACUCGGACAGCGGGCGCUCAUCCUCCAGCAAGAGCACGGGCUCGUUGAGCGGCCGGGGCCGGCCCUCCUCGGAGAGCGGCUCCUGCGGGCGCUCUCCCCUGCCCAGCGAGGAGGCCAUGCUGGUGCGCGAGCUGGAGGACAAGCUGCGGGAGAGGGAGGCCGAGCUGCGGCUCCUGCGUGACAGCCUGGAUGAGAAUGAGGUGGCCGUCUGCCAGGUGUACGAGGAGAAGCAGCGGCGCUGUGAGCAGGAACUGGAGGGGCUGCGGCACCGCUGUGCGGCCCAGCCACGGCAUGCGGCCCAGGCAGCACAGCGCGGGCAGCAGGUCCUGCAGCUCCAGGUGCUGCAGCUGCAGCAGGAGAAGAAGCAGCUGCAGGAGGACUUAGCCCAGCUGCUGCAGGAGCGGGAGCUGCUGGAGCGUCGCUGUGCCUCCUUCCAGCGUGAGCGCACCGAGCUGGCACCCCGGCUGGAGGAGACCAAGUGGGAGGUGUGCCAGAAGUCAGGGGAGAUCUCGCUGCUGAAGCAGCAGCUGAAGGAGGCGCAGGCGGAGCUGGCGCAGCGGGGUGCUGAGCUGCUUGGGCUGCGGGCUCAGCUGCGGGAGGCACGGGCCCAGAUGCAGGUGGGCGAGCGGCGGGCACAGGGGCUGCAGGAGGCCGCCCGUCUGAAGGCGCUGGAGCUGGAGGUCUGUGCCAAUGAACUGCAGCGCCGCAAAAGCGAGGCUGAUCUCUUCCGCGCCAAAGCCGGCCGGCUCGAGCAGGAGGUGGCUGGGCUGCGGGAAGCUGCCCGUGGGCGGUGCCCCCCGCCCAGCGACGGGUGCCCCCCACCCGGCGAGGGAUGCCCCCAACCCAGCGAGGAGCCCCGGGGUGUUGCGGGGCUGCGGCGGCAGCUGGAGCAGCUGCGGGUGGAGGUGGCCGUGGAGCGGCGGCGUGGACAGGAGCAGCGGGAUGCCUUCGAGCAGGAACGUGGCACGUGGCAGGGCGAGAAGGAGCGGGUCAUCCGCUACCAGAAGCAGCUGCAGUACAGCUACAUCCAGAUGUACCGUCGCAACCGGCGGCUUGAGCAGCGGCUCCAGCAUCUCCGGCUCCAAGGCGAGGACCCCCUGCCUGAGCCUUGCGACCCCCCUGGCCCUGACCCACCCUUCGAGGAGAUCACGGCCACCGAGAUCUGAGACGCUGCCUGCCUUCGCCCUGUGCUCAGAGGGUUGGGGGGGCCUCCAGCCCCUGGGAUUUUGGGAGCUGCGGGGAUCCCCACUCUCCCCCUGGCUCUGCAGAGACUGUUGGUACUGGGAGGGGGCAGAGGGGACCACAGGUGCUGCCCCCUCCCCAGCAUGGACACGUUGGGACAAGAGUGUGUCGGCACCCACUGCAGCAGAGGGGGUGCCUGUGAGUUGUGGAGUCAGGUGGGUGCUGAUUCGGGGCCACCCGGAGCUGGUUCCUGCUGAUCCUCUUAGCGCCCCAGGGGAUUAGCAGCGCUGGCUUCAGCCAGGGUCACCUUGGGCAGGGGGAGGGCUGGCUUGUCCCCUCCCUGUCAUCUCUGCUGGCACUAUCACCCAGCCACUUCCAGAGGGGAUGGCAUAUGCCCUGUCCCUGCCUGUGCCAGCCUCUGCCCCGCGCCCCUUGUGUUUGUCAGGGGAUUAGUUUCUGUGCCAUUUUAAAUAACUCUAUUUUUAUAGGACCUACCAAAACAUAUCACCCUCUCCCAGCUCACACCCUGACUGUCUGUGCCACUCCUCACCCCUGCCAUGGGGCAGCUUGCCCUCAGUGCCUUUCCCAUGCCCCUUGCCUCUGGCAUCCCUCUGUUCCCCCCUCCCCCCAAAAAGCCUGGCCUAUGCCCCUGUGAUGCCCAGCCUGCCACGGGAGAGGGGCACGGUGCUGGGGUGCCAGCUGGGGACACCCUGGGGACACCCAGGGCAGGCAGAGGCGGGGGGUCCAGCUGGGCACCCAGGGGGGUCAAACCAAAGGAAAAGCCUGGCUGUGCCCAGCUCUGGCUUGGUCGCCCCUGGCUCCAGGGGGGGAUUUUUGUACUUUAUUUCCGUUGUGUCCUGUUCCCAGAGCCCGGCUUGCCCGUGUACCACCCAGAAACACCCAUUAAAAACAAGCCCCUGGCUGUGUUUUUUUCA